AUAAAUCUUCGAUUAAUUCUUGUCAGUGGAAAAACUAAAGAAUUCUUAUUCAGUCCUAGUGACUCUGCUGCUGACAUUGCACAACAUGUUUUUGACAAUUGGCCUGUUGAAUGGGCUGCUGAAGCUGUUUCAAAAGCAGAAAUUUUAAGACUAAUAUAUCAAGGGAGAUUUCUCCAUGGAAAUGUGACUCUUGGUGCACUACAAUUGCCUCUAGGAAGAACUACUGUGAUGCACUUAAUUCCCCGUGAAAAUUUGCCAGAACCUAAUUCGCAAGAUCAGCGGCAUAAAAGCAAGGAAAGAAGCAGUGGUUGCUGUAGUUCAGCAUGCACAAUAUUAUAGGCUGUGCUGAUGGAAAAAAUAGUAAUUUCACAAAAUGUGUCUCAGCAACAAUAAUUAUGGGGACGGAAUUAAAACGGUAUCUGUUCCUGUUCAGAUUUUUCCGUAGCCUCUUUCCAAAAACAGAAGGCUGUGGUUUAGAGAACUAUGGUCACGGGUUUAAACUAGUCUGUAAUUAAUCCAGCACUCUGUUGUCUGCUAUGUGCUGCAUUUAUUAUGUUCAGUUUCAUUUUUGUAGAUCAGCCUGUGCAGGUUUAAUCUUUACUGGGUUUACUGCUCCUUAGUGUAUGCUGAUCCACAUCGUUAUAGUAUUGGUGAUCACCUUAAAUUUAGAACGAAGUCCCUCCAGACAAAUCAGAUUAAUCAUAAGUGAUGCAUGCAAUCCUGCUUUUGCUGCAUUUUUAAACUCUUCAAAAGUUUUAGUCAUUGGUUUUUUACUUAUUAUUCUUGUUUAGAGAAUUAUCAAAAUGUGUAUUUGGACGUGGUUGUACUUUUAAUCCCUAGACCUUUCAGCUGUUGCAGAUCAUGACAUGUUUGAACAUUUUAUUGAUCUUAAUCUUAAGAAAAUCAUUCCAGAAUUAUCUUAGCCUAGAACAGUUGUGGACUGGCAGUAUUUGUGCAACUGAUGUGUGUGUGAUUAUUGGACAUAGGACAAAGUGCUUGUUAGUUAUUUGUACAUAUUUUUGCUUAUAUGUUCCUUUAAAGACUAGCUCUGAUGUUAUGGAGCUGUGUAUGUAGAAUAUAUUUAAGUAAAAAAAAAAAGAUACUGAAGUACUGUGGCAUAUGCAGUUUGAAAACAAAAUGCAUAUACUAAAAAUAAUGUUAUUAAAAUUUUGUAUUUUGGCUUUCAAAGUUGUUUUGCAAAUUCUUCUUUCAUCCUUUACCAUUUGUUAUGGUUAUCAAAAUAUUAUAUAUGUGUCCUAUCAGACACUGAAUGUAGCAGUAAAUUUUGGUUAAUUGAAUAUAAAUAAUCUACAUUAAAAAGCUUGGUUUUAUUAUUGCUUAAUUAUAUAUUUUUCGUAAUUGCAUAUGUCACCUUUCAGUAUUGUUGACAUAUAGUGAUCUGUUCAUGAUAUAUAUUGUACAAAUAAAUACUGGAGAGUUUACUGUUGUUACAUUGCCCUGAACUGCCAGAUAGAUUUUAUGCUUAUUGUGAAAUCCCAUGCUUCACUUGUUAGAUCUGACUGGAUAUUAAAUAUUAUUUUUAAUUAAUUUUUAUUAAGGUUUGUAGGAUCAAACAUUUUAUAUGGAGCUUGUGCAAGAGACUUUUGAGUUGUAAACAAUUUUAUUCACAGAAGCACUGACACAGAUUUGGCAAGAGCAAAUAAUUUCAUUUUUCACAAAAUGCUUUGCAUUUUUUCUGCAGAUUCUAUGAUUGCUGUGCAGUGCAUGGCAUAGUUCCCAUAAAAAAUAUAAUAUCUUAAUGAUGCAAUGGACUCAAUGUAAAGAAUUAUGUAAACCAUCUUGUGUCCCCAGCAGUGUAAUUAGUCUGUACAUAUAUUGUAUGUUUGGAUUGUAAAGUUUUGAGCCUUUGUACAUAGUCUAAUCUUAUGCAUGUGUAACUUUACUGAGCACUUUGUUAGACUUUCCUUUCCUUCCAUUGUAGCCAAGAAACAGAGUUUCUGUUUGCAAUACUGUUAAAUAAUGGAAUCUAAUUCUGUGUGCCAUUUUAACACCUUUUAUCUUAAUAAAGUAAAAAUUAUUCACGUAUUUGUGUCUGACUAACUUUAUAGAAAUUAGCUGUAAACUAAAAAUGGAAGAUUUUUAAAUUUUAAGUCUUCUUUUUUUUUAACUGGGUUUUUCAAAUUUAAUAAUGAAAAUAGUUGUAUACAAAUUUUGAGAAAAUUAUAAAUAUUAUUACAUUUUACAAGUUUUUCUGAGUUGCACAGUUCAGUUUAUUAUGCAUUAAAGGUGUUUUUAAUCUAAUAGUUCAAAUUUAGAGGAGAGAUAGACAACAUCAAUCUGAGCCAUAUUCACAAAGCAUGACUGGAUAUGCCACUCACAAGUGACAAAAGUGAAAAUGCAGCAAGAACAAAAUACAUAAAAGCAAUGUGUAACACUUUGUUAAACAAAAUUUAAUAAUAAGCAACUGAUAGACACUGAAUAUGGUUUUGCAGAAGCUAUUCAAAAUUCCUUUCAGUGGCAAAGCCAUGUGCCAAAUAUUACUGAGAAUUUUCAAAGUUACCUGGAAUUUUGUGAUUAUUAGUAGCAGUGUUGGCAGUUCUUACUGUUCUUGCUGUUGUGUCCAGUGCCCAUUUCUUGCUGUGAGGUCAGAAAUCAUUCAUUGGGCUUGAAGUCUGAAGUAUCCCGCUCAAUAUUCAUACAACGAUGCAGUUCUCCUUACAAAGCCCCCAAGAUGCAAAGCUGUAGCACUGGCAUUAUAGUACCACCUAUUCAUUUUCAUUCCUGCUUUUCAAUGUGAAUAUAAUUCAUACCAAUGUUCUCCAUCUCCCCCUCAAAGUUUGUGCACAGAGUUUCGACACACCCUGUAUAAGUUCAUCAAAUAUCAGUUGAUAGAGUUGUAUGUUCUAAUAAUUUUAAUAUAUUGAUCAAAUAUAUAGGAAAAUAACGAAAAAACUGCAUGUUUUCGGAAAAUGUAAGUAAAUAUUGACAACCACAGAUAUCAUGUAAAGGAUUUAUUAGUUUAAAUAUGCAAGAAUAUAUACUAAUUACUUAUAGAAGAAUUGUUUUAAAGUGUAAUUGCACAUAUUCGUAUAGAAAAGUGGAAGACAUUGACUCCAUUAUUCUUCCUAUAUCUGCCACCGACUGGCUGUUAACUUCUAUGGAUUAAAUUUAUCAUUUAACGCACAUUUUUAAUACGCAAAUGCCCAUAACAGACUUUUAGGUUGGUCAGAGUUUAAUAGUGAUUUACUAUAUUUAUUUAUCCAUAGUGUAUUUUUUAUUUAGACAUAUAUAAAAUGUGUUAGCUUUUUGUGACAAGAUGCCAGACAAGUUAGUAAAUAGCUUCUGUAUAAACAAUUCUAGGUAUCACAUUAAUAUUUAAAAUUCAUUUGCAUAUAUUAUCAUGAAAUGUGUAAUGAAAAUGUUAAUAAAAGUCAUCUGUUUUA